AUGCCAGCGCCAGAGGUCCUGAGGGACCUACUGGAUACAUACAAUGAAAAACAUGUCCCUACAUGGUCUGUGCUUGUGUUUCAGGAUUUGAAGAGGGUGCUGUCUUUCCCACCAUACCCAGGAGAUUACCUGCACCCGGUCGUGUAUGCAUGCACAGCGGUCAUGCUGCUCUGUGUGCUGGUGUCAAUCAUGACUUACAUAAUGCAUUACAGUGUGAUCCGCAUCAGCAGGAAUGGAUGGCACAUACUUCUUAACUUCCUGUUUCACACAGCGGUGACGUUCAGUGUGUUCGCAGGCGGCAUUAAUCAGAUCAAAUACCCAUUCUGCUGUCAAAUGGUUGGUAUUGUGCUCCACUACGCUUCGCUCUCGACCAUGCUGUGGUUGACGUUUACAGCCAGGAAUAUUUGUAAGGACGUUUCCAAGGUGCCGCCACCGCAAGACAGAGAUGUGCCGAAACAGCCAAAGUCCAAGCCGACUAUACUCAGAUUAUAUUUGGUCAGCGACGGGGUGCCUCUCAUCAUUGUCGGGGUCACGGUGGCCGUCAGCAUGGAGAACUAUGGCAGUCGGGACGACGCCCUAUACUGCUGGAUGGCGUGGGAGGCCAGUGUGGGUAGUUUCUAUGGCCCCGUGACCCUCCUGGUCCUGGUCAUGUGCAUCUACUUCCUGUGGACCUUCAUCCAGCUCAAGCGCCACCCGGAGAGGAAGUACGAGUUGAAGCUGAUGAAGGAGGAGCAGCAGUGUUUGGCCACGGCCGAGACCUUCCAUUGCCACCAGGCAGGGCCCGACCCGGAGGAGACUGGCGGGGGGCACCACAGCGGCUGCCUGCCGUUCGCUGCCUCCGUGCUGGCCAACGAGCACUCGUUCAAGGCCCAGCUGCGGGCCACAGCCUUCACGCUUUUUCUGUUCCUGGCCACGUGGGCCAUGGGGGCACUGGCCGUGUCGCAGGGCCACUUCCUGGACAUGGUCUUCAGCUGCCUGUACGGCGCCUUCUCCAUCACACUGGGGCUGUUCUUGCUCAUCCAGCACUGCGCCAAGCGGGACGACGUAUGGCAUCGCUGGUGGGCCUGCUGCCCGUCGAAACAGAAGGCGGAGGUGAAUGGAGGCAGGCAUGCGCACGGGCACAACGGGCACCCACAGCCGUCACAGGGCCACUGCCACGCCAACUCGCCCUGCUCAGGGAAGCAGCUGCACUCACCGCACCUCCUCCACACACCCGCCACGCAUUACAAAAUGGCGUCGUCGCCGCUGCUGCUGCUACCACCGGCCCUGAGCCCGGGUCAGAAUCACGCGGGGCCCUGCUGCGUGGCAGUCCAUGGACCCUCGACUCCGCUUCUCGCCGAGAGCUCCCAGUCACCACUUCUGCAAUCGCUCCACGACAAGCUACCACGGCCCAAACUGCACCUGCAGAGCUGCCUAAAGGACAGGACUAAGUCGCGUUCGUUUAACCAGCAGCGGCCCAGCCUGAAGGACUACCACUACCACAUGGCAUCCACCAGCAUGGACGGCAGCGUGCACAGCUCCCACCUCAACAGCCCCCUCAGCGUGCACCUGGAUGGGCCGCUGGUCUGCCACAGCCCCCACCCGGACCUUCAGCUGCCCUGCCCCAGCCCUCACCUGGACAAGCAACUGGGUUGCCACACCCUGCGCCUAGACAACUCGUGUCACAGCGUGCACGAUGCGCUCUCCUACCAUGGCGAGGUAGGACUCUCCCGUCACGGCUCAUUGCAUCUGGAAGGCCAGCCCUCCUGUCACGAAACGCACACCUGCCGCAGGCGCUGCCCCACAGGACAUUACCCCUUUUCAAUGGCGGGCCAACAGCAAGAAGAAGACCCGGACAUGUACAGCAGCACCAAGACGGAGGACACGAUGCUCCAUAUGGAGAUGGAGCCACCCAUACAGGCCCUGCCCCGGCCUCACACUACACUAAGCCGGAGAGGGACGAUAAGCCACAAUGGGAGUCUACAGGAGGACUUUCUGUUUGGGUUGGAUGCCACAGGUAAUGUAAGGACUGGGCCAUGGAAGAACGAGACUACUGUGUAGCCCCGUACUUUUGUGAUUGACUAACUGCCAAACCCAAGCAAUCCUGCUGAGAUUGAAAUAAGUCCUGUUGAGGCUGUGCUAAUAUGGACACGGUAUCCCUCUUUCAGAACCAAACUACUGUGUAGUCAUUUGGGCUAUGACUGUUUGUUUGCCUUCUGACCAAAAACAACUGUGUAAUCUCUUUGCUGGGACUUUCCUCAAUGUAUCCCCCACCCCUCUCGCAAACCCCUACACCCACCACGAGAUACACCUUUAUUUAACUCAUAUGUCAAAAUGAAGAAUCCACUUUUUACAAAGAAUAUUCCCACGAUAGAUGCAUCUCUUCACACAUUUGUUCCAUGCAAUUUGUAUAUGGGCUUGAGACCCAUAUGAAAGAUGUCCUUGGUAUUCUCUUUAUAUUUAUACUAUUAGACCAUAGACUUAUUUUAAACAUGUGUGGGUUUGUGUGCACAUGGUAACA